AUGCUGUUUAAAAAGGUUUUUCCUGCUCUGUAUUUUUGGAAUUUGUGGCACAUCACUUUUAACACACAUGGACUCAAAGUUCUUUUAAGGACGCAGUUGUUGAGCUAUUCAGAUUCUACACAGCUUAAAAAUUGGACGCCUUUCUCCAAGAUCCCAUUCAUACCAAAACUUCUUUAAAAAGUAGUGGAAGAACAGUUAAUUUUUUUAUACAGAAAAACAUACAUUUAGUCUGGCUUUCAUAAACACUCUACAGAAACUGCUCUACUCAAAGUUUCUAGUGACAGUGUCAGUUGACUCUGGAGCAGCCACUACAAUGGUUCUCCUGGAUCUUACACACAUUUUUGUCACUGUAGAUCACAGUAUUUCAGAGAUGUUGUCCAUUAUGUGUGGCUCUAGAGUUUUAUAGCUCCUGUCUUGCAGAACAUCAAGUGUUUUUGCAACCCAGACUGCAUCUGACUCCAAGAGCCUCCUAUGUGGGAUACCACAGGGCUGAGUCUUAGGACCUAUUCUCUUUUAUCUUCCAAGGCAAAAAUAAUCAGGCAGUUUUUUGAUGUGUCAUCUUUUCUAUGCAGAUGAUAUCCAGUUCCACUGAUCCUUAGAGCCAACUGAAUGUUAAAUGUUGUACUCAUUAAUUAACUGUUUCCAUUAUACUAAAUAGUGACAAUUACUUGCAGGUGAACUCUUAUAAGACCUUAACCCUAAUUCAUGUCCCAGAGAGCAGAAUUCAGAAUAUUACUUCACAAACUUGUCGUCACAAAGGUUCUCUCUCGUUACUCUCGUUAACCCCUUCCUUUAAUUGCUUUCCACUAAAGAGUAAUAGGAAACAAGGCUUUUUGUGGAUGUAAGACCACCCCACACCACUCUCAGUUAUUAACAUCUUUGCAGGGUUGUUCACUCACAAGUAGGAUUACAACAAGCACAAAAGCAAGUGUGCCAGCAGAGUUUGCACAAAGGAGCACUGGAAUGCUGAAAACCUCCCCUGGUGUCGUCUUAAACGCCCUCAAGUGAUUGUUAAGGAGAUAAUGGUGGUGUGCUCUCCUCUUCUUCCCUCUUCUAGGGAAGACACAUCUGUGACAUCUGGAUGAAGAUGUGGCUGUGACACUGUAAAUUAAACCACACGUUUAUUAAUCAGUACAUCAUGCAAUGAUUUUAUGAGAACUGCCUUAAAUCUCUGUGGCACAGGUUCAAAAUGGUGUCUCAAUUAUAUCAUAUUAUAUAUCAAUCGCAAAAUUUAAAUCAUAAUCCAUUUAGUGGGAACACUAAAUGCAUGACUGUGAAACACUUUCCUCUGUUAAUCAUUUCUUCUCGUUGUUCUGAGUCUAUCCCUGCCUCUCUUGUACUGAGAGACAAAGCCCAGGGUCAGAGAAGGUCACGCCUACUGUAGACAUCUGCUAAUUGUCCUGGUGGGCCGGCCUGUCCCAGUCCGACAAUACCAGCUGCUCUGUAGGUGUCGGUAGCUGGGAGUGAUGUGGCAGCUGUCACAUUCAGGAGCAUUUACUCCUGUCCUGAUCCCCCUCAGUGACCCUUACCUCCUCCACCCUGCUGUAAUCUAUACCCCCUCCACCCCCCCUACCCUCCCAAGGCCGAGAGCUGCAGCCAUUAAAGUUAUUAGGAAACUAUCAGCAGUAAUGUGGGCUAAAAGGUGAGACAGUCAGGUUUAAUUAUAAAGGUAAUGGAGAUGUUCAAAGCUUAGUGGGGAGUUUAAAUAUAAAAACAUGAGUAUAGGGACUUACAGAAGUAUUCACACCCUACAGUUACAAUGUUGUGUGAUUAAUUGGGAUUUUAUGUGACAGACUACAAAGCAGUUAUUACUUUGUAGUAAGUGCUUUGUACCAAUACAAAGCACUAUAUAUGUGUACAUAAUACCUGCUUUACAAUGUUUUAACAGAAAUCAAAAAAGUGUGCGAUGCAUUUAUUUCUCUUCAGUUCCCAUAGGACCAAAACUUUAGUGUGUCGCUGCAGGUACAGCUUUUAGCUCAGCUAGAAACACAAACUUAUUUCUAUUUGCUAAAUGCCACAAUAAUGAGACAAAGAACAUGUCAGAGAUUGAUUUUUUGAUGUCUUCAAGAUCAGAAGAUCAGUACUUGCCCCAGUCCCACCGGUUCUGUCAGGAGGAAUGGACCAGAACUCCAGCAAGCAUUUGUGAAAAGCUUGUAGAAGGGAACCCUAAAGGUUUGACCCAAGUCAUACAGUUUAAAGGUUUAGUUCCCUGAAGCCGGCCAAAUAUGCACUUCUUAACUUCAAAGAAAAUGUUUUAAAAAUAUAUCUAAAAUGUUCUCAAUUCAUUUUCUGGCAUUUAGCAAAUAGAAAACAAUUUUGGUAACUCUAAAUAAAUUAAAACAAGAGAAGUUUGGUCUGAUUUAACUUCAGACAAUGACAAAAAAAGUCUGUUAAUUCAGUCUAAGCAAACCUCUUGUUUCAACUGUAUUAUCCAAAAUACAAUGCAAUAACAUGAAGAAAUGGGAAGACGUUCAAACUUUGAUUACUUUUGCAACAAGGAAGAAAGUUAGAAUAAUGAGAUGUACUGUCAUAAAAUUGUCCUUGCCCCCCACAAACACACGCUGCCACACAAUAACCGGACAAAUGGCGCUUGUGGAUCCUGGAACACAAAGAAGAAAAGGUUCCAACUUUCCUCUCCACGGGUCUAUAAAUUAGCAUCACAACGAGCCUUCACGCGUAAAAAAUCUCCCAUUUGCAAACAAUGACAAGUCCGAGUACAAAAAGUAACACGGAGGGAAUGAAAGAGCGCACAUUUUGACCAGAUGCCACACAAUAAUUAACAAGCUCAGGGGCCUCUCCGGAUCCUCCUCAUUUACAUUGCGAAGGGCCAGCACGGGGGUCCCACAAGGCUGGAGCGUGUCUGCAAAGGUUACGAUUGUUCCUGUGAGACAAAUGGCCUCACUUAGAAUAAAAUUCACAUCUGAAAGAGAGGCCUAUAUAUAUGUUGACUCACGAGGGGCCCAGGAGCCCCCAGAAGCAGACAUGCAGGCCGUUACAGUCAAAUUACCACAGAGCCAAAGAACCCCAUUUUCAGUGGAGGACAUCUUGGAUCCGACUAAGUUUACCCGGAAAUUAAACUCGGCUGGGGAGAAAUCAGCUGAAGAAAAUCAGAAUCCUAAUGAGGAAAAUGGAAAGACGGAGCAUCGCACGGCGGGUAAAAGAGAGUUAUUACCCCCGCUCAAGGUGAAGAGUCGUCGGAUCCGCACCGCCUUCACCCCGGAGCAGCUGCGGGUUCUGGAGUGCAGCUUCCAGAGGAGCCACUAUCUGUCGGUGCUGGAGCGCCACACCACCGCCGCGGCCCUCCGCCUGUCGGAGACUCAGGUCAAGAUCUGGUUCCAGAACCGACGCACCAAGUGGAGGAAGGAGAGCCUGACUGUGCGGGGAAAUGAGGAGGAAGGGGAGCAGCGCGGCUUCAUCCCGGCGUUCCCGGCCCACCCCGCGAUCUGCGCGGCUCUGACCUGCGGGCCCCUGUACCAGCAAGGCCCCCCGUUCCAGCUGGUUCCGACGCUGCCUCUCAUGCCCUACCGAUACUGUUACACAUGAAACAUAAUAGUAGCUCGAGCUUGAAAUGGGCCAGAAUCAUAAAAGUCCUGCAGAACCCGCAGCAACUUUUGGAGGAAUUUGUUGCCAGACUGUGACUGUCCAGAAAAUAUUUCAGUAGGAGAAAUGUGAUAUGUUUUCUAUUUUAUUUUUUACUUUUUGAUAAAAGUAAAUGUUUUUUUUUAAACUGAUUUAAUUUGACUUUUUAUUGCGUUGAUAUUUUGUUAAGCAGAAGUUAGGAGCUUAAUAAAACCCUCAAAUGUGUAUCAGAAUAAUUUAAGAUUUUUGUGGGAAUAAAAUAUUUCUGUUUUGGUUUCACGUUUGUUUAAUAAAUUAUUACAAUGUGGAAUCUUUUGUGGGUGUUUUUUACACUUGGGGUCAGAUUCUGUAAAUGCAGAAACGUGGUAAAGAUCAGAGGCUAAACGGUAGAAUAGAAAAAUGUUUGAAUUACUUUAUGCCUUUUCUUUACAUUGCAAACAAGAUGAACAAGAAAUCUACUCAAAAUGUGGUAAAA